UUUUUUUUUUUUUUUUCAAUUUUUCCUAUCUUAUUGCUUCACAGAUUUGUCAAGUUCGUUCGUUUCGCGGGGGUUAACCGUUGGAGUUGGCAUAAUUAAUUGAGCAGUGAGUGAAAAUCUACCGAACGGAUCUACCACCGCUUCUCUCGUCGCAGACGGCUCUCUAGAUUUUCCAAGGCAUUGACGAGGGUUUGGUUGAGAAGGUGCCCUUUAAGGGUGCCGUCGGAUGAAUUUCCAGAAGCCGAAUGCGGCUCAGCCGGGAUUCAGGCCAUAUUGCUACCGAUACGGGAGGCAGGAACUGGCACACGUUUUCCGUCAUACGUUAUAAAUCGGCGCGGAAAUGACGGAGGUCGAACGGUGAACCAUCGGGCCUAGCCGUCUGCGAUGAGGGGUGCCCGGAGGAUUUCCUCCGGAGGUGCGUCACCUGCCCUCAUCCUUAUAUUCCCGGUCGUCCUGGGCAGCCUCGUAACCGUCGCUCACGGCGUUGACCUCUCCCAAUGUAUCGCCCCUCUUGGCAUGGAAUCGGGGGCCAUUCCGGACGCCGAUAUCACCGCAAGCUCAAGUUUCGACAGCGGAAACGUCGGUCCCCAUCAGGCUAGGUUGCGGACUGAGAAUCAGGGCGGCGCCUGGUGUCCCAAGGAGCAGAUAACGACGGAGCCUCGGGAGUGGCUUCAAGUCGAUUUGCACACCGUCCAUCUGAUCACGGCGACCGGAACUCAGGGCCGAUUUGGAAACGGAGUCGGCGUCGAAUACGCGGAAGCGUAUCUGCUCGAGUACUGGCGUCCCCGACUUGGAAAAUGGGUUCGUUACAGGGACGCGAAGGGCGAAGAGGUUAUCAAAGGGAACACGAACACGUACCUCGAGUCGAAACACGAACUGAAACCGCCCCUAUGGGCGAGCAAGGUCCGUUUUUUGCCGUACAGCUACCACCGUCGAACGGUCUGCAUGCGGGUGGAACUCUACGGAUGCUAUUGGUCAGACGGCGUCGUGUCGUACUCGAUGCCCCAGGGCGACAAGCGAGGCAACGGGUGGGAAUUUUUCGACGCGACGUACGACGGUCACUGGGACGGAGACCUCCAGCGGGGCCUUGGCCAGCUGACGGACGGGCAGACGGGUCCUGACAACUUCAAGAUGGGCUUCUACGACUACGAUCGUAGCCAGGGUUGGGUCGGUUGGAGGAACGACACAAGGUCCGGUCAGCCCCUCGAGAUAAAGUUCGAGUUUGACCAGGUGCGGGAAUUCUCUGCCGUUCACAUAUACUGCAACAACCAGUUCACCAGGGACGUACAGGUCUUCUCCCAGGUCGAUAUCCUCUUUAGCGUCGGCGGAAAGUACUACACCGGCGAACCGAUCACCUACACCUACAUGGAGGACAAGAUAUUCGAGACCUCGAGGAACAUCACCAUCAAGCUUCACCAUCGAGUUGGAAAGUUCGUCAAUCUUAGACUCCACUUCUCCGCAAGGUGGAUCAUGCUCAGCGAGGUGACGUUCGAUUCUGACGUUGCCCACGGCAAUUUCACCCCCGAAGAACCACCGUCGACGGAACCGCCACCUCUGGGCGACGUCUUCGUCGAGAAGGAUGCCGCCAACGACGGCGAGCUGCCCGUCUCUACAGCGAAGCACGACGACCCGACCUACAUGGCCGUCGUCAUCGGCGUCCUCACCGCCGUUAUCCUCCUUCUUGCAGUCGCCAUUUUCCUCAUCGUAUCCCGGCACAGGCAGAGAAAGUGCUUCGCAAGUCCCAUGACCGGCAAAGCACCCUCUCACCUUGGAUCCACCUGCGCCACAGUCGAAAAGGGCGCAGCCCUUAUGGCUUACACUCUUGAGGACGACGAGAGUUACGUGGGUCGCAGGUACGCAGGAGGAUCGCUGCCAACCCUUCCACGGGACCUGGGAAACCGACUGCUGGACAUCGUGAAGCUGGACGAUUACCAGGAGCCGUACAGGGCGUUGAAAUACGCGCCUUACUACAGCUACAGCACGGUGGUGAUGGAGAUGAAGGACAUGAUGCUUAACAACAAGGGAGGAGGCGGUAGCAUCAAUCAGUCAGUUUACGCCAACGGCGGCGUCGACACGUCCUACGACUACGCGGUUCCCGAACUUGGCACAGUACCACUCCUGAACCCCGAUGGAGUUCCGAGGAUCUUGUCGAGCGGAGCGAGCGACCAGGAAAGCCUCUUCUCGAAGGAAUCUUCCCGCGGAAGCAAACCCGAGGAUAAGAAGUCGCCGACGCAACAGGAGGUUCUCUCGGCCCUGAAGCGACGCCUGGAGCAGACCAGCGUGCCCCUCUUCCCACGCCAUCGACUACGCAUGCUCUCAAAGCUGGCCGAGGGCGCUUUUGGAACGGUGUACGUCGCCGAGGCCGAGGGCAUACCGGAAUACGGGACGACGGCAACCCUCGGUAAAAGACUCGUGGCAGUAAAGUUCCUCCUUCCGGAUGCCAACGAAAAAGAGAAGCUCGACUUUCAGCGUGACGUAAGGAUCCUCGCAGCCCUCGAGGAUCGAAACAUCGCCAGAGUCCUCGGUGCCUGUUGCAGAGAGGAGCCUUUCUGCGUGGUUAUGGAAUACCUGGAUCACGGUGAUCUUUGCCAAUUUUUGAAGACCCACAUCACGGCCGAAGACGCUCAUUCGAUGCCGAUGGGAGUGAAGACGCUCAGUUUCAACUGUCUCAUCUACAUGGCAGCCCAAAUAGCUUCGGGGAUGCGUUACCUGGAGAAUCUCAACUUCGUACACCGGGAUCUGGCGACGAGGAACUGCCUUGUGGGAAAAGCUUACCACAUAAAGAUCUCGGACUUUGGAACGGACAACGAGCUCUACGCCUCUGACUACUUCAAGGUGGAUGGUAACAUGCCGCUUCCGGUCCGUUGGAUGGCCUGGGAGUCGAUCUUUCUGGGAAAGUAUACGACGAAAAGCGACGUCUGGGCCUUCGCCGUCACCCUCUGGGAGAUCCUGAACCUGGGAAGACGCGUGCCCUACGAGCAUCUUAGCGACGACGAAGUCGUCGCGAGCCUCGGUCACCUCCAGCGGAUAUCCGACGGCGAUAACUCCUCCGGCGAACCGGAGGAGACACCAUUUGUCUACCUGCAGCGGCCCGCCGCCUCCUCGAAGGACAUCUACGACCUUAUGCUCGAGUGCUGGAGACGUGAGGAGAACGAGAGGCCGACCUUCCGUGAGAUAUCCUUAUUCCUGCAGCGAAAGAACCUCGGCUAUGCUCCCACUUCUUGAUAUUAGGUAAUCGGGGCUCCCGCUCUCAUAAAGCGCGGUCUCCUCCUUUCGCCGGCUAAUCUGCGGGCGGCCACCUAGCGGUUUUGUAAUUAUAAACGUUAUACGCAGUUACUCCAAGCAUUCCUCUUGGUGGUUAUUCUACCCUCGAGACACGGACAUCUCGUUUUUUUGUUUUUGUAUUUUUUGACUAGGUGUAGAUACUAGUGCUAUGCGAUUAAUCAUUUUGCCGAUCAAUCGAUUAAUCGAAUUUUUCGAUUAAUCAUUUUUACGAUAAAUCGAUUAAUCGUCGAUUUCAGUUAAUCGUUUUUCCAAUUAACCUAUUACUCGAUGGUUUCGAUUAAUCGUUUCUUCGAUUAAUCGUUUCUUCAAUUAAUCGAUAAAUCGAAGUUGCCUCAAUAAUUCUGCAGGUUAAUCGGUAUACGAAUCGAAACCAUGGAUUAAUCGAUUGAUCGAUAUCACCCAGUACUAAUAGGUACUCUUUCGCGGUGCAAGGUACAGCACGAUCCGAGUCUCGAACUCGCCCAAACAUCGAUAACCGCUACUAAUUACAUCCACGUGUAUCAUCGAAGCUCUACCGAUAUUGUCGUUUCUUUGUAUCUACCAUAUUAUCUGUACUAAAUCCCGAACGACUCACCACUGUCUGAUCGUAGAUGUAUGAUUGCACUAAUUCUCAAACGUUGUACUCGUGACAGUAUUCGAGGUUCGUUAAAAAAAAAAGUCAUUCACAAGGUCUUGUUGUCCUGUUGAAUAUCAGACUUCGGCACCGUGAAGACAUAUUUUCCCGUCAUUCUACAUUGCAAUACGUUUCUUCCGUAAAUUUCUCGACGAAUAUUUGAAGAAAAUGAUGACAAAGAAAUAAAAAUUAGUAAUAUCGAGCAGUCGAAAACGGUCCGGUUCCUGCACACAAUUUUCUGCUUGAUAUAUGAAAUAUUGGUGCAGCAGUGAACGAACCGAAAUCGCAACGUUGCCGGGAAAUAGUGCGUGGAUUAGGUGCAAACUAUCUUAUAGCCUUAUAACCUAACUUUAUACUACGACACUUUUGUAUAGAAUAAGACUGGUUGUUAUGAUAACCCAAUGAUUAGUAACUGUUACUAGGUAAUAAGAGCUGUGAAAUAAGUUACACAACGCCGCGAAAUUAAGUCGCCGUGUAUACGUUGUAAUAUUUAAUAUACAUAUUAUAAACUUUGAAUUUACGGUUAAACGUAAAUCUUCAACGAUCAAUACAAAUCGACUUUAUUAUAAAAAGAUAAGGAACAACUCGUGUGAGAAAAACAAAUCCUGAAGAGACACAACGAAUUGCAUUAUAUGAUUUCAUGCGGUGAGUGCGAUUAUAAUUAAGGUUCGAGAGCUGAUUAAUUAAUUAAAAAAUUAAGUUAGCGAUUAAUUUAUUUAUUUAUUCCCUAAGCAAUAGCUCUAUUCUAUGUAAUAGAUCACCUGUAGGUACAUGAAAUUAAUAUAUAUAUAUAUGUAUAUACAUACAUCCAUAUAUAUAUAUAUAUAUAUAUUGUAUGUGUAUACUACGCGGCCUAUUCGAAACACUUCGAGUCUCUAGUAUUCUCUUAUAAAUAUUAGUUAUAUUACACCUAUGUUUUAUAAAAUAUAUGAAUAUACACACCAAUGUGUAUAUACGUAUAUUGUAUAGAAACGCAUUAUUAUACGUGUGUAUAUAAAUACGCUGCGUACCAUGGCUAUGACACAUCAUAAUUAUAUUAACUUUAUAUAAUAGGCGGGAUCAAUAGAAUUAAUACAUUAUAUACAUAUAUUUAUUGUAAAUAUAGAUAUAAAUGUUGAAGCAUAUGUGACGUAGUGAAUGCAAACCGUUGAUAUAUCCGGAGGAAAGUGAUGGGAAAGAAAAAACGGUAAAAACGUAGGAAAUAAAACAUACCGAUAGUACCAUUUUAAGAAAAUCAUGAUUAGCAGCCUCGAAGCCUCGAAAAAUUGUUGAUAUAAUCCUGUAGGAAUAUUAUACCAUAUUAUAAUAUGCACAUAAAUUCGUUCGUCGCCGAUAAUUUUGAUAGUUAUGUAAGUAAUUUGAUAAUUUAUCUCAUCGAUAUUGCAACAUAAUCGAUAUCAUUAGCAUUACUACGACUCCAUCACUGUCAUCCAAUCAUUUUCAUUAUAUUUUUUAUCGUUGAUCGAAUCUCAUCGAUCGUUACGCUUGAACUAUCCAAACCGCGGUAUAAAUUCCGUGAGGUUUUUUCUGCAAUAACAGGAUUAUGAAAAUUGUGAAAAAUAGUAAUUUCUUGAAUGUAAAUUCGAAUAUUUUUCUCUUUCUGCCGGUAUUCCGAAACCGUGGCCUGCGAUUUGACAGUGUCGCAUGACGUCACCCGCGGACAUUUUGGCGCGACAUUCAAAUUGUUUGCCGUUUAAUUUCGUUUGAUUGACUUGAGCAGUGGUUGAGGAAAGUUGAAAAAAUAGGAAGUUGAGUGAUCAUUAUUGUCGUAAGAAUUAUUUCAUCGCUGGUAUCUGAUCGAAAAGAAAUUUAAUUUGAAAAUAUCCACGAUCGCGGAUAUAAUCAGCAUGGCGAAUCAUAUCAGAAACUAGAAUAACUCAAAGUUUUAAAGUUGACAUAUCGUAGAAUUGCAUUUACGAAAGCAAUAAGUGAAGCAAAAAUCGAUACUGACUGACUGCUGUUUGAAGUGUAUUUAAUCAUUCGUAAAAAGUUCAUAUGCGCGAGUUAUCGCACUCCCUCAAGUAUUAUGCUUUCCUGCGAGCAAAUUUAUCCCCUACGAAACAACCGUGCCCGGAUUUCAUUAUCGUGCACACCCAUAACAGCGGUCGCAAAUCGUGCGAGCUUGCAGAAUCCAACGAAUGUAGAAGUCGCAACGACGAUAAACCCGAUGCAAGUUUAAAAAAUUAAUCCUAUAUAUGCCGAUAUUAUUAUACUUUAUUUGAAAAAUCCAAUUAUGAAAACAACGAAACGAAACGAAACGUCGCUCGCGCGAAUUCAAAUUUUAAUUAACAAGUCACCUUGGCAUGGUUGUUGAUUUCGUAGAGUACUCCAGGCCCUCAAGGGAUUGAGCAACGCGAUCUCUAACAGGAAAAAUCUCUCUGGAUUGUAUUAAUGCAAAUAUACAAUAUAUGUAUACGUCUCGUAAAAAAGCUGGUGAAAUUUACAUUUUCUGCAAAAUUUCUCUCAUUUAUUUUACCGCGCGAAAUAUUUUUGCUGAAGAAUCGCCGAGAUAUUCAGGGAAGCUAUGAACUCUAGCAAACUUCCUCAAAGUUUCACGACGUGAUCUUCGUUCUUCUAAAAGAGUUAUAAACAAAAUAGUUUUCAACAAAAAAAAAAAAAAGAACCCUACAAGCAUUCCCAGAGCAUCGUGUUAUGGAAAAAUGAGAAAUGAAAUUUAAUAUUGUCUCUGGAAAAUUAUAUGCGAGAGUCAUGUAGAAAAAAAAUAAUCUAUGAAGGCGGACUUUUUGAAGAAAACAAAUGUCACUAGAGAAUUAUAUACUGUACAGGAACAUGAACACUUUGAUCUCGCAUCACCCGAUAUCUAAAUAGGUGUACUUCGGUAGACGGAUACAUGUUGCAACAUAAAUACCUACAAUAUACCGUUACCGUUACAACAUCAAAAUUAAAAAACGAACUAUUUAUGUAAUUGAUAUAAUACAUAUAUAUAUAACACAAUAUAUAUUUAAUUAUAUACACCAACGUACGGUGCGUGUCUACGGUAUAUGUAAUGUAUAAAAUUCGUUGAGCAAGCAGGAGUAGAUAUUGUUGAAUCGAUUUAGACUAUCGUGGAAUUAAUCGUGUAACUAUAUAUAAUUUACUCGAAUAAGGUAAUUAGAAUCUAGGCCGCAGGUUAGUAUCUACGACGUAAGCAUAACGCUGCCUUUGGCUAUAUUGCUGCCCCUAUAACUGCUAUACAAUACCGAGCUGUACUUACUUCGACUCGUAUCACUUUUCUCCCUCACCUUCGCCUUCCUUGCAACCCUGUCUCAUGUACCUGUUUCGCAACCCGAUCACCGCACAUUGGGAUACCACUGUAGUCCAACAUAUGACGGUGGCCGAGCAAUAUGGCGGCUGAAAAAGCGAACAGCUGAUCGCAGUUUCGGGUUGAUUAUUCUAUUGUCGGAGCACAGAAAACUCGUGCAAACUACGAGAUUUUUUCUUCGUCACAUUGAGCUAAAGCGAUUUAAAAAACCAGUGAAAAUACGACUUUUACAAUGAAAUACAACCGCCGCGGAAUACUGCGCAGAUUCUUGUAACAUCAGAUUCGGUCUGCCGACGUGUUGGUAUCCAGCUGGUAUAGAUUUACAUGUAAUUUAAUUUGCCUGCUGGUGACCCCUGAACGUUGCAUGUACCACGUUCGAUUUCAGUAUUCUUCAACUACGUAUAAAUGUAUAAUAUACGUAGGAAAAGGUAUAAUAUCAUUGUAUUUGACAUGCAGUCUAUAUCUACCUCUGUUAGAUGCUUGGAACCUUGAACUUUAAGCCCUGUGUAGCCUUCAAA